AUGACUACGGCAAACUGCGGCGCCACCGACGAGUUCGACUUCAGGCUGAUCUUCGGCGAGGACGGGCAGCCCGGCCCCGGGCCGCCGCUGGGGCCCGCAGAUCUAGAGUCAGAUGACUGUGCGUCCAUAUACAUCUUUAAUGUAGACCAGCCAUCAUCCUCUGUCAAUCAGCCAAUUUGUAUUCCUCGGCAUGGACUGCAGUCUCACUCCUCCCCUACAAGGUUUCAGAGUCACAAAAACUACGAAGGCACUUGCGAGGUACCAGAAUCCAAGUACAGUCCACUAGGUGGACCCAAACCCUUCGAGUGCCCCAGCAUUCAAAUCACAUCGAUUUCACCCAACUGUCACCAGGGGAUUGAGGCCAAUGAAGAUGAAUUGCACACAAAUGGCACAGAAAAUGAGUAUAUGGAAAGGCCUUCCCGGGACCAUCUCUAUCUUCCUCUUGAGCCAUCGUACAGGGAAUCGUCCCUUAGUCCGAGCCCUGCCAGCAGCAUUUCGUCCAGGAGUUGGUUUUCAGAUGCCUCCUCUUGUGAAUCCAUUUCCCAUGUUUAUGAUGAUGUAGACUCAGAGCUAAAUGAAGCAGCUGCUCGAUUUACUCUUGGCUCUCCUUUGGCAUCACCUGGUGGUUCUCCGAGAGGUCCCAGUGAUGAAUCAUGGCAGCAGCCUUAUGGGUUUGGGCAUGCCUUGUCACCUAGACAGUCUCCCUGUCAUUCUCCUAGAACUAGUAUUACAGAUGAAAAUUGGCUGAGCCCUAGACCAACGUCAAGGCCCUCGUCAAGACCUACAUCCCCCUGUGGGAAACGCCGACACUCCAGUGCUGAGGUUUGCUAUGCUGGUUCUCUCUCUCCUCACCAUUCUCCAACUCCAUCACCUGGCCAUUCUCCCAGAGGAAGCGUAACAGAAGACACGUGGCUAAACACUUCCAUUCACAAUGUACAAGGCCUUAACUCUGGCCUUUCACCAUUUCAGUGUUGUACAGAGACUGAUAUUCCUCUAAAAACCAGGAAGACCUCAGAGGAUCAGACUGCCACUUUAUCUGGAAAAAUAGAUAUCUGUCCUGAAGAGCAAGGUAACUUGUCAUCAUCCCUUGAAACUGCAGUAGAUGAUUGCUCUGGGUCUCAGCAUACCUUGAAAAAAGACUUGCCUGGAGACCAGUUUCUUUCUGUUCCUUCGCACUUUACUUGGAACAAACCGAAGCCUGGUCACACUCCUAUAUUCCGCACAUCUUCAUUGCCUCCUCUUGACUGGCCUUUACCAAGCCAUUAUGGGCAGUGUGAACUGAAAAUAGAAGUCCAGCCUAAAACUCAUCACAGAGCUCACUAUGAAACAGAAGGAAGCAGAGGAGCAGUAAAGGCAUCUACUGGAGGACACCCUGUAGUAAAGCUGCUGGGCUACAGCGAGAAGCCGGUGAACCUGCAGAUGUUCAUUGGCACGGCCGACGAUCGCUACCUGCGGCCCCACGCCUUCUACCAGGUGCACCGCAUCACCGGCAAGACCGUGGCCACCGCCAGCCAGGAGAUCAUCAUUGCCAGCACCAAAGUGCUGGAAAUUCCACUUCUUCCCGAAAACAAUAUGUCAGCCAGUAUUGAUUGUGCUGGUAUUUUGAAACUGCGCAAUUCAGACAUAGAGCUCCGGAAAGGAGAGACAGAUAUUGGAAGAAAGAACACCAGAGUGCGCCUUGUGUUCCGUGUUCACAUCCCACAGCCCAGUGGAAAGGUCUUAUCUCUGCAGACUGCUUCCAUACCUGUUGAAUGCUCUCAACGAUCUGCGCAAGAACUUCCUCAGAUUGAGAAAUACAGCAUCAACAGCUGCUCAGUAAAUGGAGGCCAUGAAAUGGUGGUGACAGGAUCCAAUUUUCUUCCAGAAUCCAAAAUUAUUUUUUUUGAAAAAGGACAAGAUGGACGGCCUCAGUGGGAGGUAGAAGGGAAAAUAAUUAGGGAAAAGUGUCAAGGGGCAAACAUCAUACUUGAAGUUCCUCCAUACCAUAACAAAACCAUCACAGCUGCAGUUCAGGUGCAGUUUUAUCUCUGCAACGGCAAGAGGAAAAAAAGCCAAUCUCAACGUUUUACUUACACACCAGUUAUAAUGAAGCAAGAGCACAGAGAGGAGGUGGAUUUGUCUGCUGUUCCGUCCUUGGCCCUGCCGCACGCGGGCAGUGUCCAGGGCCUGCACUCGAUGCGCCCCCAGCUGCCUUCACCAGAGCAGGGCCACCCCCAUGACAGCUUGCUGUCCACGUCACCCAGGAGCCUCGUGUGUCCCGUUCAGCCGCCCUACACGGCCAUGGUGACCUCGGCCGUGCCUCACCUGCCGCAUAUGCAGGGCAGAAACCUCAGCCCAAGUGAAGAGUGUCAUGUUUUGCCUCCUGCUGUGGUUCAGUCUUUUCAGGUAACAUCAGCACCUCCUGUGAGGCCUUCUUACCAGCCUAUGCAGUCUAACGAUGUGUACAAUGGACAGCCUGGUCUUCCUAUGAACUCUGCCUCCAGCCAAGGAUUUGAUGCGAUUUCAUUUCCGCAAGACACGGCCGUACCUCAUUUGAUAAAUCUCAGCUGCCAAGCUCUACCACCAGUGCAGUUCCAUUCUUCAAAUCCAGGUUCCGUGUCAGCGUCGAGUCCAGCAGGACACCCCCUGGCACAUGCAGCUCAUUCGGGACAGUCGUCUGCUCACCUGCCAUCGAUGGGAUACCACUGCCCGGGCACCGGGCAGGGCUCCAUCCCCUCUGCGAUGAGCCGCACCCUCGGCCAGGCUUCUCCGCAGCUGCAGCAGGUCCCGUACCAUUCCCCAAACCCAGCCUCCGCUUCUUCCCCGUCCCCGACGGCUUCCCACCCGCUGGGCCACUCGCCGCUGUCCGGCCCCUCUUCCCCCCAGCUCCAGCCUCUGCCUUACCAAUCUCCGAGCUCAGGACCCGCCCCGUCGCCGCCGCCCGGGAGCCGCUCGGGGCAGCACUCGCCGCAGGCCUCCAGCCCCGCGCUGGCAGCCCUGGGCACGGUGUCACCCCUGGGGGCCCACCCUGUGUGUGACUCAUCUCCCUUUGCACCCGAGGGGGCAGCUGUUCACAUCAAACCGGAGCCUGAAGACCGCGAACUGAAUUUUCAAACCAUAGGACUACAAGACAUCACACUAGAUGAUGACAGUUUUAUCUCUGACCUGGAAUACCAGCCAUCAGGUUCAACAGAGAAAUGGACUCAACAUUCAGCACUCAUGUCCAACUCCUAUGUGGAAAAUCUAGAGGUGAAUGAGAUCAUAGGAAGAGAUAUGUCACAGAUCUCAGUGUCACAUGGAACAACAGUGGCCAGCCAGCCUGCACCUACGUGUCCUGGAUCUCUGGAGACGAGGAUUUCCGAUGGGAUCCAGUAACGGAUAAGCU